AUGGAAAAAAGAAGAUUUUUAUUUGUAUUUUUAUUCUCAAUUCUAAUUCCAUUUGUUAAAUGUCAAACACCUAUUAAAUAUAAUUUAAAUAAUCACUCUUAUCAAUCUUUUUCGAAUGCUUUGAAUUUUCAAGAUGCUCAAACAUUUUGUUCUAAUCAAAUUUAUAAUGAAACUAAAGGUUAUUUAGCUACAAUAACAUUCCAAGAAGAACUUGCUUAUUUAAUAUCUAAAGGUGUUAUGGUAUCUGGUCAAAGCUAUUGGAUUGGUACCAAACUUGGAACUUCCAAAAUAGGUCAUCCACUGUGGUCCUAUUCAAAUGGUCCAGAAAAGAAUUUGAAUGUAUAUAAUGUAUUAACCGAUCAAUGUUUUACCUAUUGUAUCUGGCAGGAUCCAAUAUUCGAUCCAACUCUUAGUGGUUUGUCAGUACAAGUAUCAACCACACCAAAGUAUUUCCCUCAAAAUCCAAGCACUGCUUUAAAUUUUGUUUGCGAAUGGGGCGGAGAUAAUGAUCCAUACGUCACUCUAUUAAGUAGAUCAGAAAACAAAAUCAUUAUCAACAACUUACCACCAAGUAUUAUUCCAUCUAUGAAAGUCUACUCUGUGUGCAACACAGAUUCAAGUAUCAACUUUUCUUGUAAUUCUUUUGUAUCAAUAACCAAUACCAGUGCCUAUUGUAUGAUAUCCUCUUUUAGACCUGGUUUAUAUUCGAUUAAAAUAACAAGUGGAAGUACAGUUUUCAAUAUUGUGUCAAUGGUUGAGCCACCAUGGGUAACAUCAAUUGAUAUUGCUAUUGACCAAGGAACUGACCAAUAUUUGAUGACUGGAAAAAAUAUAAAUAUUGAUACCAAUUUUGGAUUGGAUUUAUCAUUUAAUUUAGCUUCAAUCCCAGCAGGCUUAAAUUGUUGGCCAAAAGGUGGAACAAAAUACACCUUGUCUUGUACUAUUAAUAUUCAAACUCAAAAUCUUGGAAAGGCUUACCCUUUAAGUGUAACUGCUGGUGGAGUAACAACAAAAUUCUAUAGAACCCCAAUGAUUAAUGGAACCGAUACUUUCUUUUAUUCUGUAAUUAAAACAAAUGUAACAUAUGAAGAUGCACAGAAUCUUGCAAGUAUGAUCCAUAUGGAAGGACUCCAAGGACAAUUAGGUGUUAUUCCAACCCAAAAAGUUCUAAAUUCUAUCAACAAGGAUUUUAGUUCAUUCACUGGUGUUAAAUUCGAUAUGUGGCAAUCUGUCAACUAUUCAACGGCAACAUCCGAAUUCGAAAACUUGGUUGGACCAAACAUUGGAAAACCUCAAACUGUAUUUUAUAAUAACACUCUCUCUACAGCUGGUGUAACUGGUAACUCUCGUUUCUAUUUAGAUAAUCUUGGUGCCAUCCACACUAGCAACAAUGAUAUUCAAGCAAACAACUAUUCUGGUAUAUAUAUUAUGUAUGGACAAUCAAAUAUUUUCACUGUUACACCUUUAAGUCAAUUAUAUCUAAUACCAACUUCAGGCACCAUCAUACAAGUUGUAUUGAAUAAUAUUGGUACAGCUAACAAUCAAGAUACUGUCAAUAUCACUUCGAACGGUGUAGUCCUUCCAAACUCUAUUGAUAUUCUCCAUUCCACUGCAACCAUUACUUUACCAGCAGGUGUAGGAGGAAAUUCAGCUGUACCCAUAACUUUUAAGAAUACAAAGAAAACAAGUGGAAAUAUCGAUUUACGAUAUCAGUAUAAUAAGCCAAUCAUUGUUUCCUGGUCACCACUUCAACAACCAACUUCCGGUGGUCUAACACAAUUUGAUGGAACCGAUUUCUUCCCAGAUAAAACCCAGCUUACUUUUGAAUUUGGAAUGAGUACUCUAACCAUUGUGAAUAGUACUUAUACAAGAAUGUUUGCCAACAUUCCUGUUGGUGUUGGAAAGGUUUGGACAAACUUAUUCGUUGGUACACAAAUCUUUACUUUCUUGUAUACCUAUCAAAAUCCAACUAUAAGUAAUACCGAAAAAAAUUCAACCGUUAUUGAUGUAUAUGGAACCAAUUUUGGAAUAUUCCCAAGUUCAAUUCGUAUUCUUACUGAAGGAGGUGAACACAUUCCAGUUGUUUUCAAUACGGUUGACCAUACACACAUUCAAUUCCAAGUACCACCCGCUUUUAGAAAUGGAAACUACUCAGUUGAAGUUGGUGGACAACUGUCAAACACCUUUGGAGUUCAAUUCAUUCCUUCUAUUACAUUUGUAAACAGUCCUCCGGUUACAGGUGGAGCUAUUACCAUUGAAGGAUGGAACUUUGCUCAAUUGGAUACCAAUAACCAAUCAACAUCACCAAAACUCUAUUUGAAUGGAAACCAACUGAAUAGUUUUACAUAUAUUCAAACACCAAAUGCAACCGGACAGUCUUAUUUAAUUGAAUAUACAAUUCCAGCUGGAACGGGAUAUCUAAGUCUAUCGGCAAUUGUCGACAACUUGUCAUCGAAUGUCUAUAAUUUCUCCUACCAAUACCCAACUGUAAUAGAAGCGAAUUCCAUCUACAAGGAAAUCGGUGGUGAUGUCUCUAUCACAGGUUCAAAUUUCGCAACAACCAAUUUGAUCGUUGGAAUCGGUGGAAUUAACUGUGCAACUGUUCAAUAUAUCAAUUCGACCAAUUUGAUUUGUAAGAACUUUGGUGAUGGCGCAGCUUUAAAUAACAAUGGAAUAGCUUAUGUUAACGUUACCGUAGAUUCAUUGGAGGGCGGUGCUUAUCUCUUCACAUACCUCACCUCAACAAACACAAGUCAACCAUGUAAUCAUCAGUGUAGUAACGGUGGAACUUGCAACAAUGCCACUGGAUUCUGUGUCUGUACUGCUCAGUGGGAAGGACUAGACUGUCUCACUCCAAAGAAGAACAACACAACUCCGCCCAUUCCCGAUGGAAACGGUGGAACCAUCAUUGUCGGUGGCGGUCUCAACUUCACCAUUGCCAUUACUCAUCUCCGUGAAAUAGAUCCAACAUUCACCAGCAUUAAAACUCUACCGAUGACCAAUAUCAAAUGGUACAAACGUCAGAACACUAGUAGUAGCUACCUAUUCGCCGGAGAGUUUGAUGGUGAGACUGUUACCGUUAGUCUGAACAUGACAAUCUAUUAUCAACGCCAGAACGUUGAGUUUGCCGGUGAGAUCAUUGAAAUGGCUGACAACUCCAUGAAUCGUAUCGUAAAGAGCAGUGUCGUAGCGCUAAGCAAAGACGAUCCACUCUACCAAGAGCAACAACAAAACAACACAAGCAGCAGCAGUGACUCUAAACAACAAUUCCUCUAUAUGACAGCAAUUCAAACGUCGCCAUUCCGUAACUCUGUCAUAAUUGAUCCAAAUUUCAGUUCUCUAAUAUCGCCGACCACUAAGAGUAACUGUUCCUCCGAUGAGAAAUGGAAGUUGAUUGUCAUCAUUGUUUGUUCGGUGGUCGGUGGUAUCUUUGCUGUUGCACUGAUCGUCUUGUACGCCAGACAUAGAAUUCUUAGACAACAACUACAAAGAAGAUUAAGUUCAUAUUCAUCCUCGACAAGUGAUAAACUAUAA